GGCAGCUGCGGCUCGCCACUCGCCACCAGCCCCACCCACAAUGGACGCCAUCAAAGUCGCCAAAGUCGAGCGGGUGAUCCUCGAACGCGCCGACCCCGCCCCGCCGCACGAGAGGACACAGCACGAGGGCACGCUGCACCUCACCCCGCACCACCUGCUCUUCUGCCCCACGCCGCCGGCACACUCGGAGGAAGAGCUCGACGAGGUAUGGAUCCCGUACCCCACCGUCAACCGCCUGCAGCGGCUGCCCCUCGUGCCGAGCGGCGACAAGCCCACCUCUGGCCGCUUUCCUCUGGUGGUCGGCACCAAGACGUUCGAUAACUACAUUCUGUACUUUACGCGCGACCGCGAAGGCGGCGCAGAGGACGUGUGGCAGAGCGUGCGCGACUGCGCCGUGUCGAGCUCGGUCGAGAACCUCUACGCAUUCUUCUACCACCUCCCCCCAGCAGAGGGGAGCAAGACGCCGCAAGCGACGACCUCGGCACUCCCCCUCUCGACGUCGCCCGAGAAGCCGAGCACCGAACCAGUAGCCCACGCCCCGCCGCCAAAGCACGAGCGCGUCGCGUCCGCCGGCGCUGGCGAAGGCUGGGCGGCCUUCAACCCACGCUCAGAGUUUGCGCGCCAGGGCGUCGGGAGCCGCACCAAGGCCUGGCGCUUCACCGACGUCAACAAGGACUAUGCGUUCUGUCCCACGUACCCCGCUAAACUUGUCGUGCCGAGCCGCAUCUCCGACUCGGUGCUCAGCUACGCGGCAAAGUAUCGGUCCAAGGCUAGGAUACCGGCGUUGUCGUACCUCCACUGGGCUAACCAUGCAUCAAUAACCCGCUCGUCGCAGCCCAUGGUGGGCAUCAAGAAUGCGCGCUCGGCACAGGACGAGCGCUUGAUCGAGUGCAUCUUCACCUCCCACCUCUCGCCAGACACGGCCUUUGCGACUACCUCCAACUCUCUGUCACCAUCACCCUCCUCGUCUGCCCUCCCGUCCCCAUCCAGCUCCCACAUCUAUGGCGCCACGACGACCAACCUCAUCAUCGAUGCCCGGCCGACCACCAACGCCGUCGCCAAUGUGGCCAAGGGUGCCGGAACGGAGAACAUGGAGUGGUACAAAUCUGGCAAGAAGGCUUACCUCGGCAUCGACAACAUUCACGUCAUGCGCAACUCGCUCAAGACGGUCGUAUCGGCGCUGACCGAGGCAGACGAGACUGGCGCGCCGCUCGACCGCGAGCGCCUGCGGAAGAGCGGGUGGAUCAAGCACAUUGGUGGAAUCCUCGAAGGCGCCGCGCUCAUCGUGAAGAACGUGCACGUCAACUCGUCGCACGUACUCAUCCACUGCUCGGACGGAUGGGACCGCACGUCGCAGCUCAGCGCGAUUGCACAGGUGUGCCUCGACCCGUACUACCGCACGCUCGAGGGCUUCAAGGUCCUGGUAGAGAAGGACUGGCUGUCGUUUGGCCACAUGUUCCUCCAGCGCUCGGGACACCUUUCCUCCACCAAGCUGUUCACCGCGACGCCCGACAACAUUGACGGCGACGAGGAGAGCGAUGACGACUUCGGCAACGCUGUCAAGGGCGUCACUGCGUUCUUCGGCUCCGUGACCAAGUCGUUCAGCUCGAGCUCGCACCUUAAGGAGAUCUCGCCCGUGUUCCACCAGUUCCUUGACGCGGUGCGCCAGAUCCAGAGGCAGCACCCUGAGCGCUUCGAGUUCAACGAAGAGUACCUCCUCGACCUCAUGUUCCACCUCUACUCUUGCCAGUUCGGCACCUUCCUGUUCGACAACGAGCGGACACGGCGCGUGGCGCACGGACACAAGGGGGCCUACACCGACCGCACCGUGUCGGCAUGGGAGUGGUUUGACAGGCCAGAGCAGCGCGAGCGCUACCUGAACGCCGAGUACAAGCCCGAGCUCGACGACCGCAACGCACGCGACCACGACGCAGACCUCGGCGUACUGUUCAUCGACGCCAAGGACGUCAAGUUCUGGCACCGUCUGUUCAAACGAACCGACGACGACAUGAACGCGACGCGGUUUCCGGCCCAAGACGUCGCGCCGGUUAUUGAAGGGUCUGCGGAUCCGUUAGUUGACGCUGAGGCAGGGCUGGUGGCCGAAGAGCUCGGCGUGGCAAAGGAGGGCGUCGCGAGGCGGCCCAGCCCAGUCAGGCAGGACUCGGCAUCCACACCAGCCUCUGCAUCGCCGUUCGCCCGCCUCGGUGGCAUCUCUGCGCGUCUCCCCGCCUCGCCGUCGCAGACCUGGAACUGGACCCAGUUGUCUUCCGCCGUCGGCACCGUCGGCACUGGCGCCAUGUCGGCAUUCAGCACUAUUCGCGCCACGGCCACCGACGCCAUCUCGCAGCUGCGCGACGAGCGUGAGGAGGAGAUGGGGAGCUAUGCGCCGGGUACGGGGAUUGGCGAGGGGCGCCACCCGCCCAGCCGGUCAGCGUCUGGUGCGCUGCCUUCUCGCAAUGUGCGGAUCCCGUCCGAGGCGAACCCGUGGGGUGCGCCGGAGGAGGCGGCGCCAGCGGCGAAGGUUGCACCGCUGGCGAAGCCUGAGCCAGAGAGCAGCACCUGGGCACCCUCCGCUCCAGUUAACAACAGCACAGGUGCCAACCCCUGGGGCGACCCCACGCCGGCAAAGGGCCUCGCCGACCUCUCGCUCUCCGACGCUGCCGCCAAGCCGUCGCAACCCCCACCACGCAAGUCGUCUCUCAAGAGGAGCGACGAGGACAAGGCGCUUGAAGCCGCCGCACUGGGCGGCGACAGCAAGGCGUGGGACCCGCUGGGUGCAUUGUAGUAUAGACUGUGGUAGAUCUUUGCAUGUGACUGUGAUAAC